AUGUCCGAAAACGAUAAUAAUGCGUUAAUACGGCUUGAUGCUUUACGAAAUCACCUCGAAAUUAAAACAAUUAAUAAAAAUUCAAAAGAAUGGAGAACUUUAUCACAAAGUCAAAGUUUAAUCGUUUGUAUGAACCGUGAUAGAAAAUGGAAUGGUUAUGGAUACAAAGAUACUUUCUUUAAGUUUACCGAACAAGGAACCGUGAUUUUAUCUGGAAACCGUUAUUCGAACUUUAGUUCAAAAGAAUUUCAUGAACUUCGACCUUGGCUUGAACAAACUUUACGAAUAAAUUUAAAAACCUUAUGUCAAGCCCAACCUUCCAUAAUUGAGAUAUCAAGUCCUGAGGUAAAUCAUGAAUUUUAUAAUUCAAUAAAACCUCAAGGGAUAUGGAUUUCUUUCGCGGAACAAGAUCGAUUAUCACAUGGACACGGAGUAAGCACUAAUGAAAUUUAUAAAUUAAGAUAUAAAAAUUUAUCCAAAAUUCCUGAUGCUGUGAUUUGGCCCGAAAAUCAUGAUCAAGUUGAACUUAUCAUUUUAGCCGCUCAAAAAUAUGAUGUUGGUUGUAUACCAUUUGGUGGUGGAUCUAAUGAAGUUAAUGCAUUAGAAUUUCCUUUGGAAAAUAAUAAAAAAAGAAUGAUCGUUUCUUUGGAUAUGAGAAAUAUGAAUAAAAUUUUAUCAUUAAAUACUGAAGAUAUUACAAUUGGUGGAUUAGCAUCUUUGCGUUCUGGUGAUUUCAAUGGUCAUAAAGGAAAUAUUAAUAAAAAUUUUGAAGAAAAUAUUGUUAAUAUUAAAAUGGUUACUCCCGCAGGUAUAAUACAGAGAAGUAACUUAAUCACACCACCAGUUUCAUCUGGUCCUGAUAUAACAAAUUUAUUAUUAGGUUCAGAAGGUUCAUUAGGUGUUAUAACAGAAUUAACUUUCAAAUUACAAUUUUCUUCCCCUCAUCAUCGUUACAUUUCUUUAUAUUUUUCUUCGUUUCAAAAUGGACUUGAAUUUCUACGUGAAAUUGUUCAAAAGAAAGUGAUUCAAAAUUAUAGUGGAAUUCAUUUAGUGGAUGAAUUAGGUUUACAAUUGAUUCAAGCAUUUAGUACCGUGACACCUAAUGUUACCAAUAUUUUCUUUGAUUCAAUUAAAAAAUUUUAUUUGAAAAGGUGGAAAGGAUUAAAAGUUGGUAAAAUGUGUUUAGCAGCAUUAAUACUUGAAAAUAAUGAUCUCUCUAAAUUAGAUAUGGAUGAAAAGAAUAUUCAAAAGAUUGCCACUAAUUAUAAAGGAAUAAUGGCUGGAAGUGAAUUAAGUGAGACAAUGUUUUUCUCAUCAAAGAUAUUACCAUAUUUCAGAGAUUUUCUUCUUGAUUAUUAUGCCAUCUCUAAUUUUUUGGAUACAUCAACACCAUGGUCAAAUAUUAAAGAAUUAAUUAUAAAAGUUAAAGAAAGAAUUAUUUCUAUUUGUAAAGAGCAGGGUGUUAAAACCAGACCAUACAUUGGAGUUAGAGUGGCUCAAGUAUAUGAAACAGGUGUAGGCUUAACAUUUAUUUAUGGAUUUAAUUGUCAUAAUCUUGAUGAUCCACUUGAAACAUUAAGAUGUGUAGAAAAAGAUGCAUUAACUGAAAUCUUAAAAUCAAAUGGAUCAAUUUCUCAAGGUAUUUCAGGUAUAGUACGUUAUGAUAUAAAUCGUAGUGGAGAUUUGGAGAAUUGCUAUUAUUGGAAUCCACAUUCACCAACUCAGAAAGUAAAGAAGAUCCAUAAGCACUCAGGAAGAACUCAAGAAGUAAAAAAAAGGAGUUCUACCAAGUUAAGAAGUAAAGGAGAAGUUCGAUGA